CUAGCGGCACCUUCGAAAUUCCAGACCCCUCUUUUCACCUUAACAAAAACCCACCCCACGAACAAAUAAUUCCUCACUUGCAAAAUCAAAAUCCCUAAAAAAUAUCAAAUCUUUGUUAAACCAACGCAGAAAUUCUCGAUUUUUCAAACUCAUCGUUUCUUCUUUCCACUUCCCGCUAAAGAAUCUCUCGAGAGGUAUAUCUAACAAUGAAUCCAGACAAGUUCACUCACAAGACGAACGAAGUGCUAGCCGCAGCUCAUGGGCUAGCACUCAACGCCGGCCAUGCUCAGUUCACCCCGCUGCACUUCGCCGCUGCUCUGAUCUCCGAACCCCACGGAAUAUUCCGGCAAGCAAUCUCCGGCGCAGGCGGCAGUGAGGAAUCCGCAAAUGCAGCCGAGCGAGUAAUCAACCAAGCCAUUAAAAAACUCCCCACACAGAACCCUCCACCAGACGACAUACCUGCAAGCACUUCCACAAUCAAGAUCAUUCGUCGAGCCCAGUCCCUCCAAAAAUCCCGCGGUGAUACACAUUUAGCUGUCGAUCAAUUAAUCCUCGGCCUUCUAGAAGAUUCCCAAAUCCAAGACCUGUUAAAAGAAGCUGGAGUAACUACCACGAAAGUGAAAUCGGAAGUUGAAAAAUUACGUGGCAAAGAAGGGAAAAAAGUUGAGAGCGCUUCUGGGGAUUCGAAUUUUCAAGCCUUGAAAACCUAUGGUCGAGAUCUUGUUGAACAGGCUGGAAAACUCGAUCCAGUGAUCGGUAGAGACGAAGAAAUUCGAAGGGUUGUUAGGAUUCUCUCCAGGAGGACGAAGAACAAUCCGGUUCUCAUCGGUGAGCCCGGUGUGGGUAAGACAGCUGUCGUCGAGGGAUUGGCUCAGAGGAUUGUCAAUGGUGAUGUACCGAGUAAUCUUUUCGAUGUGAGGCUUAUAGCAUUGGAUAUGGGAGCUCUAAUCGCCGGAGCGAAAUACCGAGGAGAGUUCGAGGAGAGAUUGAAGUCUGUUUUGAAGGAAGUUGAAGAAGCCGAAGGAAAAGUGAUUCUUUUCAUUGACGAGAUUCAUCUUGUUCUUGGUGCUGGACGAACCGAGGGUUCGAUGGAUGCGGCUAAUUUGUUCAAACCGAUGCUUGCUAGAGGUCAAUUGAGGUGCAUUGGAGCUACAACUUUGGAGGAGUAUCGAAAGUACGUUGAAAAGGAUGCCGCUUUUGAGAGACGUUUUCAGCAGGUUUAUGUGGCGGAGCCGAGUGUGCCAGAUACGAUAAGUAUUUUGAGGGGUUUAAAAGAGAAGUAUGAGGGCCAUCAUGGUGUGAAGAUUCAAGAUCGGGCUCUUAUAGUUGCGUCUCAAUUGUCUGCUCGGUACAUCACAGGGAGACAUUUACCGGACAAAGCGAUUGACUUGGUCGACGAGGCUUGUGCGAAUGUGAGAGUCCAGCUCGAUAGUCAGCCCGAAGAAAUCGAUAAUCUCGAGAGGAAGAGGAUUCAUUUGGAGAUUGAGCUUCAUGCUCUUGAGAAGGAGAAAGACAAAGCUAGUAAAGCUAGGCUCGUUGAAGUGAAGAAAGAAUUGGAUGAUUUGAGAGAUAAGCUACAGCCCUUGUCAAUGAGAUACAAAAAAGAGAAGGAAAGAAUCGACGAGCUAAGGCGACUAAAACAGAAGCGGGACGAGCUCUUACACGCACUAAAAGAAGCCGAAAGGCGAUAUGAUCUCGCGAGAGCUGCCGACUUGAGAUACGGAGCGAUACAGGAUGUGGAAGCUUCCAUUGCCACGCUGGAAUCGGGCGCCACCGAAGACUCAAUGUUGACUGAAACCGUGGGCCCCGAUCAAAUCGCUGAGGUCGUGAGCCGGUGGACCGGCAUACCUGUCACUCGUCUCGGCCAGAAUGACAAGGAGAGGUUGAUCGGCCUUGGCGAUAGACUGCACAAACGAGUCGUGGGACAGGACCAAGCGGUGACAGCUGUCGCCGAGGCUGUUUUGAGAUCUAGGGCCGGGCUCGGUAGGCCCCAGCAGCCCACCGGAUCUUUCCUCUUCUUGGGCCCCACAGGUGUGGGAAAAACCGAGCUUGCAAAGGCUUUGGCUGAACAGCUGUUUGAUGAUGAUAAUUUGAUGAUAAGGAUUGAUAUGUCGGAGUACAUGGAGCAGCAUUCAGUCGCUCGAUUGAUUGGAGCUCCUCCAGGCUAUGUGGGACACGAAGAAGGGGGCCAACUCACCGAAGGCGUGAGGAGAAGGCCAUACAGUGUUAUUCUUUUCGAUGAAGUCGAAAAAGCCCAUCCCACGGUGUUCAACACUUUGCUACAAGUUUUGGAUGACGGAAGACUUACGGAUGGUCAAGGUAGGACGGUUGACUUUACGAAUACAGUCAUUAUUAUGACGUCGAAUCUUGGAGCAGAGUACCUUUUACGAGGUUUGAUGGGGAAGAGCACCAUGGAAAGUGCUCGCGAGAUGGUUAUGCAAGAGGUUAGAAAGCACUUCAAGCCCGAGUUACUCAAUCGGCUCGAUGAAAUCGUGGUAUUCGAUCCCCUCUCGCACGAUCAACUUAGGAAAGUGUGCCGACUCCAGUUAAAAGAUGUUGCGAGUCGUUUGGCUGAGAGGGGUAUUGCUUUGGGUGUGACAGAAACAGCACUUGACGUGAUCUUGGCCGAAAGUUAUGAUCCGGUUUAUGGUGCGAGGCCGAUAAGGAGGUGGCUGGAGAAGAAGGUGGUGACUGAGCUUUCGAAGAUGCUAGUGAGAGAGGAAAUUGACGAGAACUCGACGGUGUAUAUUGAUGCUUUGUUGGACGGGAAAGAGUUGACUUAUCGUGUGGAGAAGAAUGGAGGGCUUGUGAAUUCUGCGACGGGGGAGAAAUCUGAUGUGCUGAUUCAGCUGCCCAACGGGCGCCGCUCGACGGACGCCGCUCAAGCUGUGAAGAGGAUGAAGAUUCAAGAAAUUGAUGAUGAUGAUCUUGAGAUGCUUGAGUAAAAUGUUUUUGGUGUAGUAAUACUUUAAUAAUGGUUUGUAGUAGUUAGUACUUGAAGAGUGUUUCACCAAGUGGUGUUUUAUUAGCUUUUUUUAGUAACUGCAAUGACUUUGAGUCGAAUAUAUAUUUAGUAAAUAAUUUUUAGCUCCAU